UGACGAUAAGAUGACGUCUGCGGUCUGGGGGAUUCUCGUUAGAGUAUAAAUAAUGGCCGGCCUCCGUAUGGAACGUCACACUUCGAUUCUGCCCGGCACACUCCGUAUCACAAGUCCACAGAGGCAGAGUGAAGUGAUCCAUUAGGUAGACGAUCCACGAAUCCUAUUCGCAGAAAUGGCCCUGGGGACACCGUCAUGGCUGAACCUCGACUUCACCGAGAGGAUACUGCGCCUGUCGGAGGACGACAGCACGCUGCAGGUGAUCGAUGUAUUUGUGAAACCGGCGACCGACAAGGGCGACAACUACGCCAGCGAUAUGAUAAGGGCCACCGUCGAGUUCACGCGGAAACAGGGGGGUAAAAAGGUCAACGAGAAGAAGUCGCUGAUCUUCAAAUUCGAGCCGCUGGUGGAAGGGCCGCGCAGGGAUAUGAUCGAGAAGUCGCAGAUAUUCGACACAGAGAUCUUAAUGAUGACGGAUACGCUGAAGAAGAUGAACAAAAUGCUGGGUUACGAGAACCGCCUCAGCACCCAAAUCUACCACGUGCGGAUGGAACGUCCGCUGUGCUUAAUAAUGGAGGACCUAGCACCUCUAGGGUUCCGCAUGGCCGACCGACAGGCCGGUCUUGACCUGGUACACUCCAUGCUGGCUGUUCGGGGAUUGGCCAAGUUUCACGCCAGCUCGGUCGCUUUGUGCGAAAAGGAACCGAAGCACAAAACGAUAUACAGGAAGGGUAUCUUCAACGAGGACUUCCCGGAGGAUAUAUGCAUGUUCUUCAUCAACGGUUGCAAAGCGUUGGCGGAAGAGGUAGCGACGUGGACGGAUCUCGAAAACGCGGAAGUAUACGCGGAGAAGUUCAAGAACAUGGCAUCUAGGGUUUAUUCCAUUGGUAUAAAGGCGGCAGAGCGGAAGGACGAUGAGUUCAACGUGAUCAAUCACGGCGACAGUUGGGUGAACAAUAUGUUGUUCAAAUACGAUGAGAACUCGAAGCCUAUUCAACACAUUUUCGUGGAUUUCCAACUGUGCGUUUACAGUUCGCCGGCGAUCGAUCUGCACUACUUCCUCUCGACCAGCACGUCGCAGGAAGUUUACGAUAACCAUAUGGAAUCGCUGCUGCUCGAAUACGUGGAGGCCCUGGCGAAACUGAUGAAACAGUUGGACUGCAAGACGCAGCCGCCCACUCUGGAGGAAAUCAAGAAGUACAUGAAGGAUCGGGCGGUGUACUCGCUGAUAUCGUCGAUCACCGUGCUGCCGCUCGUCAUGGUGGAUAAAUCCGAGGUGCUGCAGAUCGACGAGAUACAACAAGAGAACGGGGAGUACAACAAUCCCGCUUACAAGGGCAAACUGUACAAGAAGCUGAUCUUGAAGAGGCUGCCUAAGUGGGCGGAGAUGGGCCUGUUAGAUUUGUAGGCUCGGCGGUGGCGAUACAUCGAAUCGGAUCUCCUUGAACGGGAGAACGAAUGUGGAAUCGGAUCAGACGGUUUAGAGGACGCAUCGACGAGCUUUUCGAUGUCCCAAUGAUGUCGGAUACGUAUGUACGCUGUGUAGAAUAAUUGUUAUGUAGCUUUUUUCGUUUUUACGUUUAACCGCGCGCGCGUCGAGGACUAGGGAAGCAACGGAACGCCGCGACCGUAGUCGAGCGGCUCGCUUUCGACGAGCUGGAAUCGGUCCGAUAAAAGGCGUCGUUUCAAGUAGAAUAUUGAUAACCGAGCCGGCAGAAACGACCGGCGAGGUUUACGAUUCGAUUGUGGCGCGAACGGAGGGAAGAAUAUUGAUAAUCGAUUUUCUGCGACGGGAGAGACUAUCCGGUGCACUUGUCCGUUUCGAAAUAUCCGCCGGCCAGAUAGUACAAAUCGACAUGUUUCUAGGCGAAUUACACGCGGCCGCUUCGAUAUAUUAUCGAGCGCGGCGCUAACGUUUCCCGCGCGUCCCGCCCGCGACGGGGCGAAUAACGUUACGGGAGGAAAUUUUUAAUUUGCCCCGGCGACCGUCUGUCGGAUUUUAUUGAUGCGCCGGAUAACGAGCUCACGCUUUGACCUCGUUCGCCUCUAUUACCAUAAAAAUUGACCGACGGUCGCGCGAAUCGCGCGCGGGCCGCGCAAAAAUUGUUUCGCGUUUAAUACGAGAAAAAAAAA